AUGGCAUACUUCUCAUCACACUUCACACACCACGUCUCUCACUCUCUCUCUCUUCUAUUCUCACAUCUUUGGCAGUCCUUCUGUCCCGUCGUCCUGUCCCCAAGAGUGGCUGGAAGGAAUGCUUGGAACAGCGGCUGCAUCCGCUACCCUGACCCGGCCAUCAAGGUCAACGACACCGUCAAGAUCGACCUUGCCACUGGCAAGAUCACCGACUUUGUCAAGUUCGACACCGGCGCCCUGGCCAUGGUCACUGGCGGCCGCAACAUGGGUCGUGUUGGUGUCAUCACCCACCGUGAGCGCCACGACGGUGGUUUCAACAUUGUCCACCUCAAGGACGCCAUCGACAACUCGUUCGCCACCCGUGAGGCCAACGUGUUUGUCAUCGGCACGGAGAAGCCCUGGAUCUCGCUGCCCAAGGGCCGCGGUGUCAAGCUGUCGAUCGCCGAGGAGCGCGACCGCCGGCGCGCCAAGGGCAACUAA